AGAUUCCUCAUCGCCAAUGGCGCGCAGCGGCAAAGCUUUAAGUGAAAACGAUAUCUACGCACAAUUGCCUGAAAAUUCAGAAGAACGCAGUGGACGUUUGGUAGACAUUGCUGUGCAAAAUGCUGCCGAGUUUCUGGGCUCGCACAGUCUGGAAAUGAAAAUUCCCGCUGAGGCUACACAGGAAAUGGCACGUGCCCUUGAUGAGGGCCGCGGCAAAUUGAAGAAAAUGAUGGGUCCCAUUGCCCUCGCUAUUGGCGCUAAACUGUUCACUGUUGUUCCCCUUGUGCUCGGCGCUUUGGCGCUGCUCACCACAAAGGCUGUGAUUGUUGCCAAGAUUGCUUUGUUGUUGGCUCUGCUAGUUAGCGGCUCACGUUUCUUCGGCGGUUUGGGCAGUAAAUUCAGUGGCGCUCUUGGCGGUGGCUACAAUGCUGCUAGUUGGUCACCAAGCAACACUGGUGGGUGGUCAUCGGGAGCUGCCUCUUCAUAUCCUUAUGCGCGCAGCUUGGAUGCCCAACAAUUGGCAUACGCAGGACAAGCGCCCGCUGAGGAAGAGCAACAACUAGCACAGGAGCAGCAAUAA